AUGCCUUACCAUGAUCCAGACCAAAGCUCUGAACACAGCGCACCACAAAUUCUUGGAGUUGAGGACUGGCAUCAUAGCAAAUGGUGCUUUCUAGCCAAUGGUCAAGGAGCACCAGUGGACUCGCAAGGAUAUUACAUCUUCCCCAGUGAACCACUGGCAGGUCCCGAUACUCAAGAGACCUUAGAUUCUGCAAAGUCGCAUUCGCCAUCAUCAAAGGCGCCCACCAUUGCAGCAGGAGAUGACUUGGGAAAGCAUACUAGUAACCAGCAUCCUGUCAAUAUCCCACAUCAUAAUUUGAAGCGUGCACUGUCAGGUGACGAGUCAAACUCUGAUGUGAAAUCUGAUGCAAGCCGGCAGUUCGCUGACAAUAUCACAAACUCCCUGCAUGUGCAACCACCCACCAAGAAGCGGCGGGUCACUUUGUCUGGCAGUGAAACUGACAGCAGGGCUGCAGAUAAUGUGGAUGGAGUCAUAGAGAAUCGAAAAGAAAUUGUCGAGGUGCUUCGGGAGCAGACCGCCAUCCUGGCACGCCUAGUACAUGUUCUUGAAGUCGUGUCUCAGUGA